AUGAACGAAGAAACCACAGGAACACCACCACAACAACCACCACCAUCAUCAGCACCAAGAGCAAGACCAACAAUAAGAAAGCCCACAACCUCAGUUUUACGACAUCAAACCCCAAGACUUAGGGACCAUUAUUUGUUAGGAAAGAAACUAGGGCAAGGUCAAUUUGGAACCACAUUUCUAUGUACCCAUAAAGCAACCGGCGAUCUUUACGCCUGCAAAUCAAUUCCAAAAAGGAAACUUUUAUGUAAAGAAGACUAUGAGGAUGUUUAUAGAGAGAUCCAGAUCAUGCACCAUUUGUCAGGGCAACAAAAUGUGGUGCAAAUUAAGGAUACUUAUGAGGAUCCAAUGUUUGUACAUUUGGUUAUGGAGUUAUGUGCAGGUGGUGAGCUUUUUGAUAGGAUUGUGGCAAAGGGUCAUUAUAGUGAGAAAGAGGCUGCUAACUUGAUCAAGAAUAUAAUUGGGGUGGUUGAGUAUUGCCAUUCCUUGGGGGUUAUGCAUAGAGAUCUCAAGCCUGAGAAUUUCUUGUUUGAUAAACCUGGUGAUGAUGCCAAGCUCAAGACUACAGAUUUUGGUCUCUCUAUCUUUUACAAGCCAGGACAAUAUUUUCAUGAUGUAGUUGGGAGUCCGUAUUAUGUUGCACCAGAGGUUUUGCUUAAGCAUUAUGGACCUCAAGCAGAUGUCUGGAGUGCAGGUGUUAUCCUUUACAUCUUAUUAAGUGGGGUUCCACCUUUUUGGGCAGAAACUGAAUCAGGAAUCUUUAGACAGAUCUUACAAGGAAAACUAGAUUUAGAAUCUGAUCCGUGGCCGAAUAUCUCAGAUAGUGCAAAAGAUUUGAUCCGAAAGAUGCUUGAGAGGGACCCGAGGCAAAGGAUUACUGCUCAUGAAGUCUUGUGUAACCCAUGGAUUGUAGAUGACAGAGUUGCUCCAGACAAACCUCUUGAUUCUGCAGUAUUGUCACGUCUGAAGCAAUUCUCAGCGAUGAAUAAACUUAAAAAGAUGGCUCUGCGUGUCAUAGCAGAAAGACUUUCUGAAGAAGAAAUUGGUGGCUUGAAAGAGCUGUUUAAAAUGAUUGACACAGACAAUAGUGGGACAAUAACAUUUGAAGAACUUAAACAUGGUUUGAAGAGAGUAGGUUCUCAGAUGACGGAAGCCGAAAUCAAGGCUCUGAUGGAUGCGGCUGAUAUAGACAACAGUGGAACAAUAGACUAUGGUGAAUUUCUUGCUGCUACUUUGCACUUAAAUAAGAUGGAGAGAGAGGACAAUUUGGUUGCAGCAUUCUCCUAUUUUGACAAAGAUGGUAGUGGUUACAUCACCCUUGACGAGCUUCAACAGGCUUGCCAAGAUUUUGGUCUUGGUGAUGUUCAUCUGGAUGAGACGAUCAAAGAAAUUGAUCAAGACAAUGUUGGCCUUGGUUUUUCCUGUCUGUUUCGGUGCACUGGGAUCGGGGCAUGUGCUUAUUUGCUGCAACUGGUUUAUGCUGAUGAAGCCUCAUGCCAGGAUGGGCGAAUAGAUUAUGGGGAGUUUGCUGCAAUGAUGAGAAAGGGUGAUGGAGGAGUUGGGAGGACCAGAACCAUGAGAAACAAUCUGAACUUUAAUUUAGCCGAUGCCUUGGGUAUAGAAAAUGCAACCUCAGAUGCUAUAUGA